AUGACUCGGGUUGAUGAACUAUUGGACCGCAUCACCCGGUGUAACUUCCUGACCAUGCUUGAUCUCUGUAAGGGAUACUGGCAGAUUCCUCUGGACCCGGAUUCUUUUCCAAAGCCAGCAUUCAUCACUUUAUUCGGCCUGUACCAGUUCAGGGUCAUGCCAUUUCGGAUAAAGAAUGCUCCAGCCACCUUCCAGAGAAUGGUAGAUCAACUCCUUGAUGGCCUCCCGGAUUAUGCUUGCGCAUACCUGGACGACAUCAUGAUCUACAGUGAUACCUGGGAGGACAAGUGCAAGAAACUUAUUGAAGUUGAUGAUGAGCGCAAACUACGUACCUUUUAUGAAAAGCGCAUGGCAACGGAAGUCUCAGCUGAUCCAUUAGGUGAUGAGUGGAAGGGAUAUGUUGUGUGCAUCAGUGGUGGAAAUGACAAGCAAGGUUUCCCCAUGAAACAGGGUGUGCUCACUCAUGGCCGUGUGCGUCUUCUCUUGAGCAAGGGUCACUCCUGCUACCGCCCCAGGAGAACUGGAGAGCGCAAACGCAAAUCUGUACAUGGCUGCAUUUUGGAUGCCAACCUGAGUGUCCUGAACUUGGUUAUUGUCAGGAAAGGAGAUAAGGACAUUCUUGGCCUAACUGACAAUACUGUUCCCCGCCGUUUGGGUCCAAAAAGGGCCAGCAGAAUUCACAAGCUGUUCAACCUGUCCAAAGAAGAUGAUGUGCGUCAGUAUGUGGUGAGGAAGCCUCUAUCAAAGGAGAAAAAGAAACCCAGAACCAAGGCCCCCAAGAUCCAGCAUCUGGUGACGCUAAGAGUUCUGCAGCACAAACGUAGGCGUAUUGCCCCAAAAAAACAGCGCACUCAGAAGAACAAGGAGCAGGCAUCCGAUUAUGCCAAACUUCUAGCUAAAAGGACAAAGGAGGCGAAGGAGAAACAUCAGGAACAGAUCGCUAAGAGGUGUAGAUUGUCUUCAUUGAGAGCAUCCACCUCCAAAUCAGAAUACAGUCAGAAAUAAAGCCUUAUGGUGUAAAAAAAAAAUACAAUAAAUUUUGUUGUAAUCUAAAAAAUAAAUAA